AUGCCUUGCAGCAAAACCCAAAAACGCACGCUUUCUGGCCUCCAACGCGAAAAUGAACGGCUUGAGAAGGAGCUAGAAGCUAUUCAGAAGGACAGUAACGCGUUACACCAGAAACGCGUCCAAGAGCAGGUACCACAGCCAAUGGGUUGCGCAGAUCGUCUUCGUGGUGGGUUCUCCCUGACUGAGGCAAUGGGGAUUACGAAGGACGAAAUGAAUCUUGUGAGAGAAUCUGUCCGAUCCUCUUUGCAUGCAAAUCUCGGGGGGCCAUUCAAGAAUGGCACAGUGAAAUAUGAUUCCAUUGACCUUGAAGUACUUGGGUCGAUCAGAAAUGAUAUCGUCAAAGAACAUCCAUGGAUUAAAUCAGACUACGAAGGAGCCUGGCCCGUUCAGGCCCUAAUUAAGACGGCAAUAGAGAACCGCAAGACAGUCAUUCGACGCAACAGGCAGAAAAAAGGCAAAAGUGUCAAACAGACCCCAAGACCAGCAAAUGCGACUCUGCGUCGCUCUUUAAAUAGAAGGGGGAUCAGUACUGAAACAACAAGUGGCACCAAGCUGAAAGACAACCACGUUGAAUUAGAAGACAAUGUUGAUUCGGAUGAUGAAGCCAGCGAGUUAGAAGAUCAUGCAAACUCAGAUGAAGAUCGCACCAAACCAGAUGAUGACCACACCGAGCCUGACAAUGACGAUUCCGAUGGCAAUUCCAAGGACGUAGGCAGUCGCUGGAGUGGGGGGACCCCUCGAAAGACACGAAGGAAUGCGACGAGGACAAGGCAGUCUCUGUCCACUGUCCACACUCAAGUCAACCGUCCGAUCAAAGAAACAAAGGUUGCCAAAAGGAUUCGCUUGCUUGUGACCUCUGAGGAUAACUACACCGACGAUCCUAUUACUGAUGAAGACUUCAUCCAGCCCCUUAAGCGUCGCUCUUAUCCCAGUCACAACAACAACAACAACAACAACGACAACGAUCAUAUAAGCGGUGAUGAUACUGGUGCUUCCAUGCCCAUUGCUCAAGCUAAAGUAUUUGCUUAA